AUGAUUGUUAAUGAUGUUGAUGAUGAUGAUGAUGAUGCCGCCGCCGCCGACGACGACGAUGGUGAUGAUGGUGCUUGCAAACAGAAACCACUGGACUUGGCCUUUGUAAUCGACUCUUCAUUCAGUAUAUCGCCGGAGGACUUUACACUAGGGAUGUGGUUCGUGGAGGACUUUAUAGAUAUUUUCGAAGUGGGCCCCCUGGCCGUGAGGGCCUCCGUAGUGACGUUUGGCGACCGCGUGUACGAAGAGGACGCCUUUGGUUUCAACAGCUACACCGAUAAGAGGUCCUUGAAAAAGGCAAUAUCGAUUAUCCCCUUUAAGGGUGGGCAAGCCACGGAGACCGGGGCUGGCAUCCAGUUCAUGAGAGACAGAUUUCUCCCUCACGCCCGCGAAGGGGUUAAGACUGUGUGUAUUGUGUUGACCGACGGCAAAUCCCAGAGACCGGAAGUGACGGAGAAACAAGCCCGGAUCACCCGAGAGGCCGGCGUGGAGAUGUUUGCUGUUGGCAUCGGCCGUAGUGUGUCAGAGGAAGAACUGAGGAACAUCGCCGGCGUUGAUGACCACGUGUUUACUGUCACUGGUUACAACCUUCUGGGCACCAUCAGAUCAAGGCUCGCUUUUCAGUCAUGUGGAGUGUGUCGUGACAGCCCCAUCGACGUCAGCCUUGUCAUCGACGCCUCCUCCAGCAUCGGCCCCACCAACUUCACCAUCGGGUUAGACUUCCUCGAGAACUUUGUCAGGAGCUUCGAAAUCAACCCUCACCGAGCCAGAUUUUCCGUCAUCACCUACGGCCUAGGCACCUACAACAACACGGCUUUCGACUUCGAUGACUACAGAGAUGAAGUGAGCCUCGUGAAAGCCAUCGCCGGCAUACGCUACACCGGUGGCACCCACACCGACACAGGUCUCGGCAUUGAGUACAUGCGAGACAGGCAGAUGCUGCCCAAACAACGCGCCUAUGCGGCUCACAUCGCCAUCGUGAUGACCGACGGGCAGUCUCAGGACAAGGAGAAGACUCAGAAAGAAGCGGCUAAGGCUCGAAAAGACGGUAUCAACAUGUUCGCCAUCGGUGUCGGUUUAAGCCUCUCAGGAGAAGAGCUGCUGAACAUCGCUGGACGGAAAGAACAG